AUGAGAAAGAUGGAAUCUAGUGGUUUAUUCAGCUCCGCCAUCAGAGUGAAGGACGAGCCUAGUGAUGCGCUGCUUAGUGAAAAUGAUAGUGAAAUGAUCGACGAAAAACCCGAUCUUAAAAAUUUACAAUCCUUAUCAUUUCAUCAAGAAAAUCCUACCCAUACACUUCCAAAAUGUGACAUUAAACUUGAAAGUGAGCUUGAUGAGAAAGUGGAAAUAGUCGUUGAAUGUGAAGAUGUCAAACCCAAUUGGAAUUCAUUAUCAGAUAAGAAAAUGAAAAAUUAUUUUUCAAAUCAUUUGCGGAAUGUAAAAGAUAAUAACGAUGUUUACAAAAAUCAAAACACAAUUAAAGUAGAAAUUGGCAAGGAAGUCAAACAAGAAUUUUUUGGUGACACUGCAGAAGAAUCGAAUUCGGAUUUUGAUAGUGAACUUGACAAGAAAAAUAAAAAAGGAAACGGUACCAAACAAUCAGUGAAUGGUAGUAACGGCCAUGAUAGUGAUAAACAUGGAAAAACAUUUUCACGAAAAGAUGUUCUGAAACGCCACAUCGUUUCAAUGCAUAGUAAAAUCACUCACACAUGCGAUAUAUGCGGGUCCAAAUUCACACUUAGAACUUCUCUCAAAAAACACAUCGAUACGAUGCAUAAUGGAAUAAGAAGUGCAUGUGAUAUUUGCGGAAAUAAAUUUACAAAAAAAGCUAGUCUCAAAAUUCAUAUCGACUCAAUUCACAAUGGUGUCAGACAUGCAUGUGAUAUUUGCGGAAAUAAAUUUACAAACAAGAGUAAUCUCAAAAAGCACAUUGAUGCGAAGCACGAUGGUGUCAAACAUGCAUGUGAUAUUUGCGGAAAGAAGUUCUCAGGUAAAAGGAAUAUUAGAAGGCACAUUGAUAUGAUGCACAACGGUAUCAAACAUGCAUGUGAUAUUUGCGGAAAUAAAUUUACAAAAAAGGGUAGUCUCAAAAUUCAUAUCGACUCAAUUCACAAUGGUGUCAGACAUGCAUGUGAUAUUUGCGGUAAUAAAUUUACAGAAAAGGGUAGUCUCAAAAUGCAUAUGAAUGCGAUUCACAAUGGUGUCAAACAUGCAUGUGAUAUUUGCGGAAAGAAGUUCUCAGAUAAAAGUAAUGCCAAAAGGCACAUUGAUACGAUGCACAAUGGGGCCGCACAUGCAUGUAAAAUAUGUCGAAAGACAUUCACACAAAAGUUUAAUCUCAAAAAACACAUCGAUGCGAUACACAAUGAUGUCACACAUGCAUGUGAUAUUUGCGGAAAGAAGUUCUCAGAUAAAAGGAAUAUUAAAAGGCACAUUGAUACGAUGCACAAUGGUGUCACACAUAAGUGCGAUAUGUGCGGACAGUUAUUCACUGGAGAGAGUCGUCUCAAAACCCACCUUGAAUCAGUUCAUCACUCACUGCAUUUAUACAUAAUUUUAAGUGCAAACCCAAUCGAUGGUCUACGAAUACUGGGAAUAUUUCCGCAAACGUUCCGCAGCCAUUUCACCAUGAACGAGCGUUUGAUGAGAGGAUUGGCUGCCAGAGGUCAUCGGGUGGACGUUUACAGCCACUAUCCGUUGAAGGAACCGAUGGAAAAUUACACCGAUCACAGCAUUCGGACGCCCAACAUCACGACCUAUCUGAAUAAUUUGCAUUACGAGAGGUUGCUGAAGUGGCUGGGCAUCGUGGACAUGAGUCUGGUUCUGUCGCAGCUCGGCGAUCCGGUGUGCGAACUGAUGGAGCAGCCGGUUCUCAAAAAGCUCAUCGACGAUCCACCGAACGAUCCUCCUUACGACGUAGUUAUCACACAGCCGUACACGGCCAGCUGCUAUUUGGCCUUCGGCAGGCGUUUAAAUAUUCCUCUGGUUACCGUAGAAACUUUGAGCACGACCGAUUGGACGUACGCUAGCAUGGGAAAUCCGCGUAAUUUGGCGAUCGUACCGAGCGUUUACGGUGGACAAGCCAGUCCUAUGUCGUUCGCAGAGAGGCUGAAAAAUUUUUUCAUGACUUGUUACGUCGAGUAUGGAUAUUAUUAUUUCGUAAGAAAUCAGAAUGCUUUGGUCAAGAAGUACUUUGGCGAGGAUUAUCCCCCGGUAAGCGAGCUGAUAAAAGAUGUUGAUUUGAUGCUGAUCAAUUACAAUCACAUGCUCAACGGAAUUAAACCCUUGACCCCCGCGAUAGUACCCGUUGGUGGUCUACAUAUAGCGGAAACCAACAAUAAAUUAUCCGAGCGAACUCAAAAAUUCUUGGAUGAGAGCGAAAAUGGAUUCGUGUACUUUUCGUUCGGCUCGAUGGUUCGCAUCGAAACUUUCCCAAAACCCAUGCUAGAGAUGUUUUACAAUGCCUUCCGGAAAAUUGCACCAACUCGGGUUUUGUGGAAGAUUGUCAAACCCGAAGAAUUACCAACUGGUCUUCCGGAUAAUGUUUUGACAGAAACUUGGUUACCACAGAUGGAAGUUUUAAAACACAGAAACAUCAGAGCUUUUAUAACCCACGGUGGUUUGAUGGGAACUAUGGAAGCCAUUUACAACGCAGUGCCAAUGAUCGGAUUUCCCCUAUUCUCAGACCAGUACAUGAAUGUGGAUCUGUACAAGAAGAAAGGAGUAGCCAUCAAACUCGAAUGGUCAAACAUAACAAGGGAGUCCUUUGAAUUUGCUCUUUUCGAAGUACUAAAUAAUCCCCUUUACAAAAAGGAAGCAAAAAAAUUGAGUCUAUCCUUCAGAGAUACGCCAAUGAGCCCAAUGGACACCGCGGCAUAUUGGAUCGAGUUCGUCGCAAGAAAUGGCAAAAAAUCGCUCAGAUCACCCCUCGUGGAUAUGCCCUGGUGGCAAGCGUCGCUGCUCGAUGUUUACGCAGCGUUUUUGGUCGUUACGAUCGUGGCUUUGUAUACGGUCAAAAUAAUUGCGCGGUUAUUGAUUAUUCUCAUGACUAAAGUUAAGAGCUAUUUCAAUAAAACGAAAAGAGAUUAA